CACUGCGCUCUCUAUCGGCUGAUUCCAGCUUCCUCCGAUCCCUCUCCUCAGACACUUCACUUCUCUCCUUCCUUUGCCAUUUCCAAAACCUCAAUAAAGAUUCACAGAAACCUCAAAAAUUUUUGUGGGUUCUUUCAAUUAUUAGACUUUAUCCAUUAAAUUUCAUGUUUUCCUCCCCCCUUUGGUUUUUUUUGAUGUACAGUAUCUCGUUCAGCUGAAAUGAUUUAGUGCCAUUUCAAGACUUCAAGAAAGGUGUUAAAAUGGAUUUAAUGGCUAAAUGUGCAUGUGGGCAUGUUGCAGUAGACGUAUGCGAUACUGGUAGUGGUGAUAGUGAUUCUGGUGAGGGUAAUAGGAGAAGUGGUAAAGAAAAUGGGAUGAACAUAGACACCGAAAAUAAUAAUAGAAGUAAAACUGCUGGUGCUGAACCGGACACCAGAACUGAUGAUGCUCGUGACGUGAGUUGGGUGGAUUUGGAUAAAGGCUUGCAUGAGCUGACUGAAAAUGACGUGUUUCACCUGAAAUUUGACUGUGAUGAAGAGGCAGGACUGUUUUAUGAGACUUAUGCCAAGCUUGUUGGGUUUAAUGUUCGAAAGGUGCAUACAAGACGUGAUGAGAAUAAUAAGGUAAGAUAUAGGGGAUGGGUUUGUUCAAGAGAAGGUUUUCGGGAGAACAGGAUAAAUAUGUGGGACAGGAAACGAGAUCCUAAACCUGUAAGCAGAAUUGGCUGUCUUGCUCACUUUCGGGUCAAAUAUGAUAAGAAAUCAGGCAAAUAUGUUGUUACAAGUUUUAUUAAAGAGCACAAUCAUGAGUUGGCACCUCCUAUAGUUGUCCCCUUUCUGCAGCCACAAAAGCGUGCACGUAGAGUAGCUGUAGAUGUUGGGUUUACUAAGAAAGAUAUAGAGCGUGAGUGGGCUAGCUCUGACAUUCGUGAUGGCGACAGUAGGUGUGUCUUAACUCACAGUGUCUUAGCUUACUUGAGUGCUAAGAACGACUAUGAUCCAGGGUUGUUUUAUAAGUACGAUCUUGAUGAAGAAAAUCAAUUGUGUAGUAUAUUUUGGGCAGAUUCAAAGUCUAGAGCAGAUUAUGCCUUCUUUGGUGAUGUUUUGGUUUUGAACACUAAAUUUAGAAAGAAUGCUUACGAAAAACCUUUUAUUAUUCUUGCGGGUCUAAAUAAUCAUGAUCAGACAACCGUAUUUGGUUGUGCACUAUUGGGAGGCAAGACAGCUGAGACCUAUGUAUGGCUCCUUGAAACAUUCUUGGAAGCCACGAAUCACAAAGCACCUGUCUCAGUUAUUACAGAUGGUGACAAAGCUAUAGAAGAAGCAAUUCAGAAAACAUUCCCCACAUCUCAGCAUCGUAUAUGUCGCUGGCACCUAUUUAAGGAUGCUGUUUCUAGUGCUGGUGACUCAUCAUCUUUUGGGCCUGAGUUCAAGAAGUGUAUGGAGGAAAAUUGGAAUCCAGAAGAAUUUGAGGUGGCUUGGAUCAAAUUGGUGGAGAAAUAUGGACUUCAAGGCCAUCCAUGGUUUGAAGAGACUUACUCCAGGCGUACAAAAUGGGCAGAGGCUUACUUACGGGAGCAUUUCUUUGCUGGUCUGACCAGUAUUCGAGGCCAUGGAAUGAACACAUAUUUCACCCGGUUCCUGCAAGUUUGGCACAAGCUUCAUGAAUUUGUGAGGCACUAUGACAAGGCUCUUGUUUGUCUUCGUGAAGAUGAGGCAAAAGCAGAUUCUGAGUCAGAAAGCGCGUAUCCUGCUUUUUGUACAAUUUUGAGGGAUUUAGAGAGGCAUGCUGCUGAUGUCUUCACAAGAAGUAUGUUUCUCAAAGUUCGUGAACAGAUAAUGGGCGAUGCCAUGCUAAUUUUGAGUGGAAAAGAGUACCUCAAAGAUGAUGCCUGUUGGCUUUAUAAAUUUUCUGAAUAUAUGAAACCUGACGCGAUAUGGAAGGUUCGAUAUGAUCCAAGCAAUCAAAGCUUGAAAUGUUCCUGUUUCAAGUUAGUCACAGAUGGAGUGCCUUGCUGUCAUAUGGUUUCUGUGAUGAAAGCUGAACAUCUGAGAGAAUUUCCUAGAUGUUGCAUUCACAAAAGGUGGACCAAAUGUGCAAGGAGUGAAAUAGAUUCUGGGAUCGAUAUUCAAGCCUUAAAUAUGGCCACUCAAGUUGCACGUUUUCGAAUUUUAAAUUCUACCUGUAGUGAGAUGAAUUAUUAUGCUUCUCAGACAAUUCAAGGUUUUAAUGAAACACGGAGUCUCAUUUCUAAGAUCACGUCUCGUGUGAAGCAUAUUUACAAUUCAAAGGGUGAAGUGGACGAAACAGCACCAGAAGUCAGCCUGGAUGCUGAUGGCUCAACCACAAGGUCUGGUAUGCAUGAUCCCAAAUCAACAAACUCCAGUGGGCAAUGUGACGCUACUGCAGUGGAAACACCUCAACCUGACGAUUGCAGCCAGCGCAGUCAUGAUCAGACUACAUCCCAGCAGCUGCGUCUAAAUCAUGGCUUACAAACAUCUGAAGGUACUGGUACAACAGAUGAUGGUGAGGGACGCACACAGAAUGGAGAAUUUUCUGGAGCGCCAAGCCAGCCCAUAAACUUGAUUUGGGAAGACAAUGAUUAGAUUCAUCCGAACGCCUAUCUGGCUGUACAAGUAUUAGAGGAGUUGAACUGGAUUCGACUUUAUCCACCCUGUCAGCCUCCUUUCUUCUAUCAAAGGAAGGAAGGCAGAAGUUGGAAGAAGUUGCUUUUGGUUCCCGCAGCUUUGCACAUAUUUCGUCUCUGCUAUGCUGUAAAUUUGUAGUUCGACAUGACAUGCAGGUUCCCUUUUUUCCUUAGGUGCUCUGUCAGGCGAAAAUGGUUAUGUUCUAACUGUAACAAUCGCAGCUACGCUUGUAUUGUGCUAAAUUAGUCAAAAUGCAACCUGUGUUAAUUUUAUUCUCUAUCUUUAUUAUCUCUUGGAAGAAAAAGAAAAGCAACCAAAUUAAAAUGAUCUA